CUUUCUGGGCAGCACCGGCAGAAUAACAUGGGCGCAAGCGGGGAGUUAGGAAGAUACCACGUUACUACUCGUAGGUCAGGCCAACCAAACCUCGCCAGGGAAUUCACAAGCCACUAGGUGCUGAAACUUGAAAGACCCACCAAAAAAAGGGAACCAUUUCACAGCAGCAGCGAAGCCAGGCUAGGUAAGCAACUAAUAGAGUAUGCCAGAGGUCAAACCCAAAAACAGGAGGAGCAAAUCAACAGAUUACAGAUCCUCUGUCGUUGUCUCUCCGUACACCUCAUUAUCAUCGUUUCCUAGGUACUUACUUCCCAUAUAAAACCCGCUCUCAAAAAUUAACAACACAACCCCUUAUUUCCUUGUAUCUCUCCUUAGCUCUUCCUCCCCUAGGUUUCCCCUCCUGCUGCGAGCUUCCCUCCAGUUGCUCUAAAUAAAAUUAAAAACAAAGAAUGAAUAUAAAAUCAAACUGCUCCCCGUUGGACCUGCUUAUUCUUAAUAUAGCACUUGCUUGCAUCGAUGGUGCUCUUGCUUGUAUUGCAUUUUCUCAGUUUACAAGGAUCCAUCUGCGAAAUCAACAAACUGGAUGGACACGCCAGAAAGUACUCCAUCUCAUGGUUGCCUCUUGCAACUUGGGUUACUUCAUCUACUUUAUAUCUACAGUUAUUGCUACUUGUGAUAGGUGGACCUGCUGGUCUCAUGCAUGUGGUUUUGUCCUCAUGGCAUUUCCCAAAAUUCUGUUCCUUGCAGCGUUUCUGCUUCUUCUAUCUUUCUGGGUCGACCUUUGCCAUCAGGCAAAUGAAGAAGAUGACGACGAAGAAGAAAAUAGCUCUCAACAGCCUUUGUUGGAAAGUUCAAAGAAUAAACCUGGUUCAACGAACACAGAUAAUUUCUGGAGUUGCUGCUCAUUCCGAGGCAUUCAUGUUGGUGGUCGUCAGAAAUUUGUUAUCACAGUUGUCGUGUUGAUCUUUUUCUUAAUGCUGUCGUUUGCUGUGAUAAUCUGGAUUGGAGUGGGAAAGAAUCCAAUUUGUUCUUCAGUAGCUGCCCGGGUCUAUGUAGAUUUUUUGGCCUCUGCAAUCCUCAUAUUGGGAGGGGCUUUAGGCUGCUAUGCAAAAUAUUCUACUGAUAAAUUGUCUACAAUAGAUUCUGGAAGAGUAAAUGUUAAAUCAUUAAAUAAGUUUACUGGUCUUCUCCUAUUUCUUAAAUUGAGGAAUGUAAGGUCUGAGACAGCUUCAUCUGAGAUGCGGAAGGUUGCUGGUCUGGCAGUUGUCUCUGUUGUAUGUUUUACGUCAAGUGCUGCAGUGGCUCUUCUUACAGAUGUACCUCUUCUAUAUGAUUGGAGUAUGGAGAAUAAAAAUGAAGCAAAAACACUAGUUCUUCUAGUUUUUUACUAUUUUAUAGGUUCGUCGGUGCCCUCAGCCUUUGUAUUAUGGGCCAUGAGAGAAUUGCCAACCCCAGUUACAAUUACACAAGCACAAUCAAGAGCAGUAACUUUUUUUUGUUAUGGGGCAGAUGGAACACAAAAUCCUCGGCACUGGGUUGCUGCUACAACUUCAAAUAAUCAGGUGUCAAAAGCAAGUCCAAUAUAAGCAUCAUUACCAUAUUCUGUGCUAAAGAAUGCGGAAAGUAUAGAAAGCUGUAUUUGUUACGAGUGGAAGUCCAAUUGUGCAAUAUGACGAGCCAGCAGCUUCCUUACUCUUCACGUUGAAAUUACUUACACUCUUGGUUGGGUAUCAAAUUUUGACAUCGAUGAUUGUACAUAACUUUUAAUAUAGCAAGCGAGACUAACGUUUUGGUUAACGGGAAUUUCCACUUUCUUACCAUCUCCUUUGAAAACUCGCCAUAGAAGGUCUCUAUGAAAAGAUUUUUGCUAAUAGCUCAAGUAGAUUUUUCCUCGUACA